GCAAAUUUCUCCAGUAGUGAAGGAUUAAUUGAACCGAUUUCCACCCAAUGUGUGCUUGCAGGAAAUAGAGUUGAUUGGGAUAAGGAGGUUCCACUUUGCCAAGCAAUACCUUGUCUUCCACCUCCUGAUAUCACCCAUGGAUCCCAUACUGGUCAGAGUGGAGAAGAGUUUUCCUUUGGCUCAGCAGUAACUUACAAAUGUGACCAGGGCUUCUCUCUUAUUGGAGAGGCCUCCAUUCGUUGUACAACGAAAGAUAACGUCAAUGGAGAGUGGAGUGGGCCUUCCCCUGAAUGCAAAGGUGGCUGUGGUGCCCCACCAAGGUUAAAAUCUGCUAUUUUAAGUGAGGAAGAUGGGCAGAAGAAUUACUGUCCUCCUGGGACCACUGUGACUUAUGUCUGUCGCCCAGGAUAUGAGAGCACUGAACUGAAACUUGUCAUUACUUGUCUUGAGAAUUUAACAUGGUCAGAAGCCCCUGAGUUCUGUAGAGGGAAAUCGUGUGGUGUUCCAAAAGGACCAGAGCAUGGCAGAGCUGUUGUUCUAACCAAUGACCUGUAUGGUGCAAGAGCAAACAUCAUUUGUGAUGACGGGUUCAGAUUACAUGGGCGGGCUUUCAUCCACUGUGCGCUGAAGGGAGAUCAAGUUGAAUGGAGUCAACUUCCAACUUGUCAAGGAAUACCAUGUAAACAACUAGAACUAGAAAAUGGCAGGGUUUAUUUAACGGAUCACCAGGUUGGUGCAACAGCAAACUUCUCCUGUAAUGAAGGGUACAGAUUAAUUGGAAUGACGUCUGCCCAAUGUGUGGUUGCGGGAAACGGAGUUAAUUGGGAUAAGGAGCUUCCACAUUGCCAAGCAAUACAUUGUCUUCCACCUCCUGAUAUCGCCAAUGGAUUCCAUACUGGUCAGAGUGAACAAGGGUUUUCCUUUGGCUCAGCGGUAACUUACAAAUGUGACCAGGGCUUCUCUCUUAUUGGAGAGGCCUUCAUUCAUUGUACAACGAAAGAUAACGUCAAUGAAGAGUGGAGUGGGCCUGCCCCUAAAUGCAAAAGAAGACUGUGUAAACAACUAGAACUAGAAAAUGGCAGGGUUGAUUUAACCAAUCUCUGGUUUGGUGCAACAGCAAACUUCUCCUGUAAUGAAGGGUACAGAUUAAUUGGAACGACUUCUGUCCAAUGUGUGGUUGCGGGAAAUGGAGUUAAUUGGGACAAGAGGCUUCCACAUUGCCAAGCAAUACUUUGUCCUCCACCUUAUGUCAUCACCAAUGGAUUCCAUACUGGACAGAGUGAACAAGAGUUUUCCUUUGGCUCAGUGGUAACUUACAAAUGUGACCAGGGCUUCUCUGUUAUUGGAGAGGCCUCCAUUCAUUGUACAACGAAAGAUAACAUCAAUGGAGAGUGGAGUGAGCCUGUCCCUGAAUGCAAAGCAAUACUUUGUCCUCCACCUUAUGUCAUCACCAAUGGAUUCCAUACUGGACAGAGUGAACAAGAGUUUUCCUUUGGCUCAGCGGUAACUUACAAAUGUGACCAGGGCUUCUCUGUUAUUGGAGAGGCCUCCAUUCAUUGUACAACGAAAGAUAACAUCAAUGGAGAGUGGAGUGAGCCUGUCCCUGAAUGCAAAGGAAGAUCAUGUAAACCACUGGAACUAGAAAAUGGCAGGGUUGAUUUAACAGAUCUCCGGUUUGGUGCAACAGCAACCUUCUCCUGUGAUGAAGGGUACAGAUUAAUUGGAACGACUUCUGCCCAAUGUGUGGUUGCGGGAAAUGGAGUUAAUUGGGAUAAGAGGCUUCCACAUUGCCAAGCAAUACCUUGUCUUCCACCUCCUCAUAUUGCCAAUGGAUCCCAUACUGGUCAGAAUGAACAAGAGUUUUCCUUUGGCUCAGCAGUAACUUACAAAUGUGACCAGGGCUUCUCUCUUAUUGGAGAGGCCUCCAUUCAUUGUACAACGAAAGAUAAUCUCAAUGGAGAGUGGAGUGGGCCUGCCCCUGAAUGCAAAGUGGUCAGGUGUCCAGAGCCAGAAGUCAAAAAUGGAAAAAAGCAAUCUGGGUUUGGACCUGACUAUUCAUAUGGAAACACCGUAAUAUUUGAAUGUGAUUCUGGCUACAUUCUGACUGGUAGCAGUUCAGUUAAAUGUGAAGCUAACAAUUCAUGGGUUCCAUCUUUGCCCACCUGUCUCCGUGCUUGUGAGUCUCCUCCAAGAUUUAGUUUUGCUGAGCUGCCUGGGGUAGUGAACAAUUCCUAUCCUGUUGGGACCGAACUGAAAUACUCCUGUCGCUCAGGAUAUACUUUGGCACCUGGAAAAUCUCCUUUAGUUACGUGUCUUGCAAAUUCAACAUGGUCAGCAGACCCUGAGUUUUGUGUAGGAAAACCAUGUAAACCACUGGAACUAGAAAAUGGCAGGGUUGAUUUCACCGAUCUCCUGUUUGGUGCAACAGCAAACUUCUCCUGUAAUGAAGGGUACAGAUUAAUUGGAACGACUUCUGCCAAAUGUGUGGAUUCAGGAAAUGGAGUUGAUUGGGAUAAGGAGCUUCCACAUUGCCAAGCAAUACCUUGUCUUCCACCUCCUGGUAUUGCCAAUGGAUCCCAUACUGGUCAGAAUGAACAAGAGUUUACCUUUGGCUCAGCAGUAACUUACAAAUGUGACCAGGGCUUCUCUCUUAUUGGAGAGGCCUCCAUUCAUUGUACAACGAAAGAUAAUUUCAAUGGAGAGUGGAGUGGGCCUGCCCCUGAAUGCAAAGUGGUCAGGUGUCCAGAGCCAGAAGUCAAAAAUGGAAAAAAGCAAUCUGGGUUUGGACCUGACUAUUCAUAUGGAAACACCGUAAUAUUUGAAUGUGAUUCUGGCUACACUCUGACUGGUAGCAGUUCAGUUAAAUGUGAAGCUAACAAUUCAUGGGUUCCAUCUUUGCCCACCUGUCUCAGCAUAACAGAUAUAAAACCUACAACUUCCCCUCCAGGAGGAACAACAGAUACUUCUGGAUCAACUGCAAAACCCACAGAAGAAACCACUAAAAAUACUCCGGGGCCAAACACUGGUACUAUGAUUGCUAUUGGGAAGAUGCCUAUCAUUCUGGCAGUGCUGAUUACUAACUUGUUCAUCAGACAGUGAACAUGAUGAUGGAAGAAAAUGGAAAAAUUGAGAGAAACAUCAUAUGAUUCCACUAAACGUCUCGUGAUCCCAGAUUCCUUUCACUACAGUUGUAUUCGGGGUUGUGGAUUUUGCUGUUGCGAGCAAGAGCCUGUUGAGAUUUCUAUUUGGAGGUUUCUGUCUUGAAGUACUUAGUAUCCUUUUAAAAUACAGAUUAAUGAUGCCAAAGAUACUUAUUGAUCUGCUGUAGAUUUUUGUUAAUUCAAAUUUAUCCUCAGUUUUUAAAUCAAAUCUCCAGAAUAAUCAGUGUUCCUUUCCUCUCAUGUCCAGGAAACUCCAAAAAUAACAAAAAACAACCCCAAACUAUUCUUACCCC